UCUUCGUCUUCGUCUCGUUUUAGUUUGGCCGCCAGUUGUGUUUUCGAUUGCUCUGCGUGCUGGUCGUUCAUCCAAAUAUCUCCGAAUUUCCGAUUCUUCGCGCCUACUACAACUCCCAUUCAUCCGUCUGUUUUGAUUGUUUGUUUUCCUCGCUGCACUUUUUGCGCGCGCGCAGCCGCCGAUAAAAAGAGAAAAACCAGGAGUAAAUCUGCAAUCUGCAGGAGUGCAAUUUCAAUAGGCGAUCCCGUGAAUGUGUCGCAAUUGAAACAUUUAUUUUCGUCCCUUUUUUUUGUCAAAUUUUGUUCUGUUAAGUGUUAAAACGAAUAUUUGCAGCAACCGCAAAACAAAUUUUUAAACAAAAUGCAGCAAAAAGUUGAAGAGAAAAUCGAUCCCCUGACACGCAUCCAGGAGGAGAUCAAGGAGGUGGUGCGGCGCGAGGAGGAGUACCGCCAGCUGGCCACGCUCUCCUCCAGCACGACCCUCGCCUCCCCCUCCGCGGUGGAGUUCGAGGCGUACACGGUCAAUGGCAACGGCCUGGAUUUUGGACAGAAACUGGAGCAGGAUGAGGAGCAGGAUCACGAGCAGGAUGAGGAUCUGGGCCAGGAUCAAGGCGUACUGGUCACCGCACAGCCGGCGGCCGUGCAGACCACCUCGCUCCUGCUGCCCAUCGACGAGCUGUCCAACACACCAUCGCUGGCCUCCAGCGUGAACAGCGGCAAGGAGGAGAGUCUGGACGGGCAGCACUCGGACGACUCGGGCAUCUCGGCCUCCUCGCAGAGCAACACCAUCACCAGUGCCAGUGCCAGUGCCAGUGCCACCGGCGGUGGUGUGGCCAAGCAGCCGCUCAAGCUGACCGUGGUGACGCGCCAGGAGCAGCGCUACAUCGGCCCCAAUUGCUACAACCUGACCCCCGAGCCGCCGCAGCAGAAGCUCAUCACUCGCACCAUUUCGACGCCCCAGCUGGGCGGUCUGCCCCAGAAGCGGCAGUUCGCCUUCGGUGGCGCCACCAAGGGUGUGAUGCAGCGCUUCAUUGCCUCGCAUGGCAAACUGGCCCCCACCAGCCCCCUGCCGCCCGCCUCGCCAAUGGCCUUGAAUUUGAACCUGACCAAUGGAAAUGGUGGUGGUAGUGCCAACAACAACAACAACAACCAGAACAACAACACCCUCAAGCUGAACACACGCACCGCAAUGGCCUUUCUGGAAUCCGGCGGCCCAACGGCGGGCAUCACCUCCUCCUCGGUGACCCUGUCGCCGGCGGCCAUCGAGCGGGACUCGGAGGGACGUCCCCUGCGCCGAGGCUAUGUGCCCGUGGAGCAGAAGAUCCAGCGGGAGCUGCAGGACCUCAAGUCGCGCGAGUCGGAGCUGAAGCGCCUGCGCAAGAUCAACAGGCAGAACACCCUCAAGGCCUCCCUCGAUAAGCUGCAACUCAGCACAGAUGACGAGGCCGAUGCGGAUGACGAUGACGACGAGGACUCCGAGGUGGAGCACUGCUACGGACCAGGAAAACUGCGCAACGCCCAGUCCACACAGGAGCUCGAUAGGAAUGGAAACGAGCAGGAGAUCGUCCACAAAUCCUCGGGCAAUCGCAGCCUGAACGCGACCGCCUACAUGGCCAAUGGAAUCAAUGGGAUCAGCAAUGGCAAUGGGAAUGGAAUGCGGCCAGCGAUGUCGCUGGCCCAGCUCUGUGAUCUGACGCCCGAGGAGGCGCCCUCGUCCCGGGGCCUCAUUGCCCAGUGGGAGAGCCUUAUCAAGAAGAACGCCGAGGUCGGAGCGGUGGAGGCGAUCAUCUAGGGACUCCGGAUGAGGGAACCCACACCAACGAUCUGGUGCAGAGCAGACCAAAUUAUUAUUGUAGUGUCCACACUUACGAACUUGAUCCUACCACUCCCACACCCACACCCACUCACCCUCGUCCUUCUCGUCCUUUUCCUCUUGCGAAAGCUGCUUAUCAACGAAUUAAUCUAAACGCCAACCGAUGGGUAUUGAAAUUAUAACCGAAUUGAAUUGCCUGUACUUAAAGCGUAAUUAAUUGUGUAAUUUAUAAUAUGUGUACGUGAACUGUUCGAUAACCCUGUUGUAUAUAUAAUUCUUCGCGUUUCCAGUGCGAGUACAGUCGACUUGCUUAUAAUUUAUUACAAAUCAACUUUACAUAUACCUUAUAUUAAUAUAUAUAAACAAAAUACUAUAUGUACGAAACCAAUAUGCGAAAACGAUUUAAUAAAUACAAAAAAAAAACAAACUAA